GCAGGCCCCUCAGAAACGGCCAGAACGCUCCCCGGUAGCCGCUGUCCUCCUCAGGGACGCCCAGCGCGGCUCGUCCCCCGUCCCGCACCCCGGCGGGCUUCCCGGGCUGACCGCCCCGCGCGGCCCCUGCGGCCCAGCCCGCGGCUGCCAUGGCAACCGUACGCCGCCGGUGCCGCCGCCUCUUCACGCACGCCGCGAACUAACGGACGGUGCGGCGACGGCCUGCGCCCCACCCCGCCCCGCAGGACCGCAGCAUCAACGGUCCGCCGACCUGCCGCACUGAGGUCUCUGAAAAAUGAAUUUGGCUGAGAUUUGUGACAAUGCAAAGAAAGGAAGAGAAUAUGCACUCCUUGGAAAUUAUGACUCAUCGAUGGUGUAUUACCAGGGGGUGAUCCAGCAGAUUCAGAGACAUUGCCAAUCAAUCAGAGACCCAGCUGUCAAAGGCAAAUGGCAGCAGGUUCGACAGGAAUUGUUGGAAGAAUAUGAACAAGUUAAAAGUAUUGUCAGCACUUUAGAAAGUUUCAAAAUCGACAAGCCCCCAGAUUUCCCUGUGUCCUGUCAGGAAGAGCCAUUCCGAGACCCGGCUGUGUGGCCACCACCUGUUCCUGCAGAACACAGAGUUCCGCCUCAGAUCAGGCGUCCCAGUCGAGAAGUAAGACCUCUGAGGAAAGAGAUGGCAGGAGUGGGAGCCCGGGGACCUGUAGGCCGAGCACAUCCCAUGUCAAAGAGUGAGAAACCUUCGAGUAGGGACAAGGACUGUAGAGCGAGAGGGAGAGAUGACAAGGGAAGGAAAAAUAUGCAAGAUGGCGCAAGUGAUGGCGAAAUCCCCAAAUUUGACGGUGCCGGAUAUGAUAAGGAUCUGGUGGAAGCUCUGGAGAGAGACAUCGUUUCCAGGAACCCUAGCAUCCAUUGGGACGACAUAGCGGAUCUGGAGGAAGCCAAGAAGCUGCUGAGGGAGGCUGUGGUCCUGCCCAUGUGGAUGCCGGACUUCUUCAAAGGGAUCCGACGGCCGUGGAAAGGUGUGCUAAUGGUUGGACCCCCAGGCACUGGUAAGACUAUGUUAGCCAAAGCCGUUGCCACUGAAUGUGGCACAACAUUUUUCAACGUGUCCUCUUCCACGCUGACAUCUAAGUAUAGAGGGGAAUCUGAGAAGUUAGUCCGUCUGUUGUUUGAAAUGGCCAGAUUCUAUGCUCCUACCACAAUCUUCAUUGAUGAGAUAGAUUCCAUCUGCAGUCGAAGAGGAACUUCUGAUGAACAUGAGGCAAGUCGCAGAGUCAAGUCUGAGCUGCUCAUCCAGAUGGAUGGAGUCGGAGGAGCUUUAGAAAAUGAUGAUCCUUCCAAGAUGGUGAUGGUUUUGGCUGCUACUAAUUUCCCGUGGGACAUUGAUGAAGCGUUGCGGAGGAGAUUAGAAAAAAGAAUAUACAUCCCUCUUCCCACAGCCAAAGGAAGAGCUGAGCUGCUGAAGAUCAGUCUCCGCGAGGUGGAGCUGGACCCUGACAUUCAGCUGGAAGACAUAGCGGAGAAGAUUGAGGGCUAUUCCGGAGCUGACAUCACCAAUGUUUGCAGGGAUGCCUCCUUAAUGGCCAUGAGGCGGCGGAUCAACGGCCUAAGUCCAGAAGAGAUCCGUGCGCUUUCCAAAGAGGAACUUCAGAUGCCUGUGACCAGAGGAGACUUCGAGUUGGCGCUUAAGAAAAUUGCCAAGUCUGUCUCUGCUGCUGACUUGGAGAAGUAUGAAAAAUGGAUGGUUGAAUUUGGAUCCGCUUGAAUUUUUGUCAGCUCUUUGAUUUCUGAUAGUUUUGUUUAUAAAAAUGUGAAAAAAAAAACCUGCAAUUUUUUUU